AUGCCUGAAAUUGAUAUAAUCCUAUACCACGGUGGUCCGCUUAUAAAUGCCAAUACGAACAAGGGAUUGCCAUUUAAAGGGUCGGGUAUAAAGACCUGUUAUACUCAAAUUGAUCGUAGGUUGAAGACCUUUGAUGAAUUGAAAAUGAUAGUUAUGGAAGAAUUGUGUGCGAAUCCUGUUGUACACAACAUACAAAUUACUUAUCAUAUGCCACAUGAAGUCCUUAUACACCAAAUUAAUUACAAGUAUAUGGCAAUAGAAAUAGACAAAUAUGUAAAGAUCAUGUUUGACAAGUUGGAGAGAAUACCUGCAGUAAAUGGUAUUGAGUUGUACAUACAGUUGGAGCCGCGUGCAGAAAUUGGUAUUGAAGAAAUCCCACAAACAACCACAAGUUUACAAGUUACAGUUUUGGAUGCUCAAUAUGAGUAUUCUACACAUGUAGAGGAUGGUGAUGUUCAUGUUGAGGACGACGACGACGACGACGACUAUGUUGAUGAGACUACUGCCAUUAAUGAUGAAGAUUUUGUCGAUAGAGAUGAGUAUGAAGAGAGGAUUAAACGAGGAGACUUUGGGGACUUUGAGAGAGACAUUGAUGACGAUGUGACAUUGGACGAUAGUGAACUUGAUGCAGACAAUAUUAUUAGUGUCCAAAAUAUUACGGACACAAUCCUUGCCUACACACCUCUUGCCUUGUCAUUUUUUGCAAAUACUUGGAAAAAUAUGAUUGAUUCUUCACAUAUUGAGAUACCAUUUGUGUCUACUUGGAGAGAGGGGAUGAAUUUGUGCAAAGGGUUGACUUUUGCCAAUAAAAUGGAGGUGAAACAUGUAUUAACAAUUUGUGCCCUCAAGGAAAACAAACAUUUUAUGAUCAGUAGGUCGAUGAAGAGAAAACUUUGUGCGAAAUGCGUGGAUGAGAGGUAUAAGUGGUAUGUCUGCGCAGUCAUAAAGCCCAAUCUCCACGGACUAUGGAUGGUCACCAUGUAUGUGGGUCCUCACACGUGUAUACCGAUUGGGGUGCGAAAUGAUGGUAGAAUGAUGAAUUGUAAUUUUAUUGCAUCAGAGAUCCUUAAGAAGAAAUGUGAGGAUCACACUAUCCCAAUUAAGCAUCUUAGAUUUAUGAUAGAGUCGAAAUAUGAGAGUCAUAAGCCUUCUUACUACAAGGUAUGGGAUGCGAAACAAAAGGAGAUUGGGAAGAUGUUUGGGAAUUGGGAAGAGUCUUACCAAAGUUCUUGCAUUGAUGAAUUCAAAUAUUGCAAGCCGAUUAUCAGUAUUGAUGAGACCCAUCUAGAUACAAUUGGUCAUGCGAUACUUGAUAAAGGCAUUUGCAUAAUUUCUGACCGACAUCUCGAUAUCAAAAAUGCCAUUGCAAAUUGGCCUAGAGGGGAUAAUGGAAGAACACGGGUAUUUCAUAGAUAUUUCCUUCGACAUGUUACUAGCAACUUCAACACACAUUUUCAGAACUUGACUCUAAAGUCAGCGACGUUGAAAGCGGGAUAUGCUACUCAGGUAGUUAAAUUUGAUACCAUAAUGGAGUCCAUUAAGCAGGUGAAAAUUGAGGCCAUUAGGAAUAAGAAGAAGGUGACUAGAAAGGAUGGGAAGGAAAAGAAUCAAGAUUAUCUUCCAUACACAUACCUAAUGAGCGAGUCUGUGGAUAUGUGGACCUAG